GAUGGGUGUUCUCACCGUUCUCCGCUCCCUCAUUUUGUGGUUGGGACUUAUUUUGAGCACACAAAAGGCUGGUUGGCAGCCCCUUGGGAUGGGCUGAAGGAGCGCUCCAAGCAGACUGUUUUCCAGGGUCUUGCCCAGGCACGAUUCCUCGUCUUUUACUCUUUGAAAAGCUGUCCCAGCAUGCCCUGAAGAAACCUGCAGAAGAAAUGCUGGCCUGGUUCCCCCUUGGCCAGGCUCCCGAGCGUGACACCAAAGGUCAGCAGUUCACUCCUGUGGAAUCCCAGCCCUCUUCCGCAUUCGUUUUCCUCCUCUUCCCAGUCCCCUAAUCUGAUAAUUCAUGUGGGGAAGAGGCGAGAGAGGGAAGGGGGAGGAGUAUGUGAUGUAACCUCCGCUCCAGCAAAGUUAGGAGACAACACCACGCUGCCUGCGGCUCGCCCGGGGCGGGGGGGGGGAGGUUUACGGUGGGUACCGCUGGGAGAUUCCCAAUUUGUGCUUAAGAGGCGUGAAGAUCCACCACGUCUCCGUGAGACCCAGCAGGAGAUGUUCUCCCCUGGCUCGGGGAGGAGAAAGCUAAGCACGGCGUCUGCUUAACGCCCGGCGCUCCUGCAGCUUCUUCUUUAGCCGCCUGCCACACGCAGCCCGGAGGGAGAAGAGCAGUGGCUGGAUGCUGAGGACACCCCUGGAGAAAGGGAAGUCAGAAGCCAGCUGGGGUGAACUUCCUAAUGCCAUUGGAAAGGUCUCCAUGCUAAAGGGAAAAAGGGAAGAGGAGGAGCAUCGUUUUAUAUAACUUGUGAUGGCUUCAACUUGGCAGAAAACUCAGGAAUUCUACAAAUGGAUUCUUGAAAAUGGAGAUCCAAGGACAGACCCGUGGCCCCUGGUUCACUCCCCGCUUCCAGUCACGCUUCUCUUUGCCUUCUACCUCUUUGUCGUGGCACUGGGGCCCUUCUACAUGCGACAGCGGAAACCACUGAAGUUGCGAGGCCUGCUGAUUGUCUACAAUCUAGCCAUGAUGACAUUAUCAAGCUACAUGUUUUAUGAGUUUCUGGUAACUUCAAUCUUGGACAACUACAGCUACCUGUGCCAGCCAGUGGAUUACAGCCGAAGUGAACUAGGAAUGAGGAUGGCAAGAGUGUGUUGGUGGUUCUUCUUCUCCAAAGUCAUCGAGCUGCUUGAUACGGUUUUCUUUAUUCUGCGCAAGAAACAAGAACAGGUGACUUUUCUGCAUGUGUACCAUCACGCCACGAUGCUGUUCAACUGGUGGUCAGGGGUCAAAUAUGUGCCUGGAGGACAAGCCUUCUUUAUUGGGAUGCUAAACUCCUUUGUACACAUCUUCAUGUAUGGCUAUUACGCUCUGGCCAGCCUGGGACCACAGAUGCACCGUUACUUAUGGUGGAAGCGUUACCUGACCAUCAUGCAGCUGUGCCAGUUUGUAGCCAUUGCUGCUCAUUCUUCCUACAACCUCUUCACAGAAUGCCCGUUCCCCGAUGGCUUCAACGUUGCAGUCUUCCUCUACAUUCUCAGCCUCAUUGCUCUCUUCCUGCACUUCUACUAUCGGACCUACACUAGGGGGAAGCAGGAGAAGCUAACUUAAAGGAAAUCAAAGAGGAGAGUGAGCACAGUCUGAUGAACUGCACAUUCGCUGCUGCUUCUAACAUGGUUGCAUGAGGAAAACGUAUUUGGGGAGUGUGUGCCGGGCUCUUGUGUGCAGCCUCAAGGUUGCCUUCAUAUAUCUUGAGUUAGGAAGAAAAAAGGAAUGGCAUAAACUCAAGUACUAAGGCAUUGAGGAGCACACUUCGUUGAAGCUGAUGCAGAACCAGGCAAAGGAGUCAUCGACGUAGCAGCCUUUGUGAAAUUAGCACCAGAAGAUCUCCUUCUUUCCUUCUGUCUGUUAGCUCAGUUUGCAACAUCUAGCACCCAACCGUGACUCCUUGCCUCAUUUCUUAGGCUAUAGAGGGUUUUUUUUGCAUUAUAAGAGUAUCUCAGCUAGAUCAGGCAGGGGUCAGGUGCCUUCAGCCUGAAAGCACUGUCCAGGUAACAAUAGCAGCCAGGAACUCACUGGAACUGCAGGAUCCUGGACGAGGGGACAGAGUGUAUCCUCAGCAAGUUUGCUGAUGAUACCAAACUGGGAGGGGUGGCUGACACCCCGGAGGGCUGUGCUGCCAUCCAGCGAGACUUGGACAGGCUGGAGGGCU